AGAUUCCUUCUUUCCACAGUCGCGCACCUUCACAAAACUCUCACUCUCUUUCUCUCUUGAGUCUCCUAUCUCUGUGAUUUAUAUCUCAUGACUAGGCUGCGUUUUCGACAAUGCAAUUCAUCAUCCCUCCCGCCCUCUCUCCCUGAUGACAAUUGUAGGAGAACGUGAAUCUCGAAAAUCUUUUUUGCUCGUUGAAUUCGCGAUAUUCGGUCUCUUUCCUGCAUUAAAUCUCGAAACGAGGAUUAAACACAGAUACGUUUUUCAUAUCUGUUUACCAAGAGAAGAGCUCGGGAUUUUACGGUCGGUUAUUAUCCCCUAAUCUCGAUUACGCUCCGAGAUACAUCCAGUGAAUUAUUUUUCAAUUUUUAAUCGCAAGUCUGAGCCUAUCGUUAAUAGUUACACAUGCGUACGUAUGUAGGUGUGUAUUUAGUGAUUUAUCUGCCGCAUUUCUCGAAACGAUUCAGUGCCGAAGUCGCCUCCGAGUCUCGAGUUCGUCCGUUUGUUUUUCUCUCUUUUUUCUUUCUUGCAUCUGUCGGUAGAAAAAAAGAGAAACAAACAUCACUUAUUCAUAAAUUUAUCACGCGUCUCCCGAUUCUCCGCAGUUGCAUCUUUUCCUCCGAGCAGAUAAUCGUGUUUUUAUUGCUUAAAUUUUGUUCCUUGGGCCUCUGAUAUUUACAAUCGAUAUUCGUGUCAAAAAUUCGGUAUUUUAUUUACUGAAUUUCAUCGUUUCUUAAGGUCUUUAUCAUUUUCUGUUUUAUCGAGCUCGUCGUUUCAUUGCUUCUAUCGAGACCGUGUUUUUCCACUGAUAAGACGACUGAGGACGCGUGCGAGGUGGGACUUUUGUUGGAGAAAGCAAUUCACUUGAUUAGGAGACUGGAAUUAUUGGAAUUUGAGGGCCAUUAAGAUUAUUGGGACGGUUAUGAGACUUUGGGAAGUCAACGAACGGAGUUUUAAUAAAAAGUUGUGAAUGGGCGAUAUUUCGAUGACUUUUUUCGGCAUUUUCACUAUUUUGCCAACAACGAAAAUGCGUGGUGAAAAUGGAGCGUUAACAGAGAUCCGUCAGGAUGAGCUUUCGACGUUUGCGGCCCGGGAGCGAAUGGUCGUUUUGAAAUAGUGCCACACACGAGUCAGCGCCCCGCUCUUUCUUAUCUGUCAAACGUAUUUUUUGGCUCGAGGUUGUCCUCGCGAAACGCGCUCGUGUAGUUUAGUAACAGCUGACAAUUAAUAGCGAGAUCCCGCGCUGGCGGCGGGUUCAUCACGAUCAUGUCAACGACACCGCUCAGACUGGACAUUCUCGAUGACGACCGUGAUCUGCGACCACGAGCUUGGCAGCCUCGGAGAGCCGGAUACAAAGGCCCGUUGAGACUCCUGAGAUUAUGCGUCCUCGGAGCUUUUCUUCCGGCCGUGUUAGUAGCCGGUCCAAUUUACUUGCGCUACCGCGUUUUUUCCGAGCAAGUUUAUCCACUCGCGGCAUCCGACCAGAGAAUGAUCGACCGACGAAUUUCAACGACUUGGUGCCAGCGUCAAGUGGUCAAGGUCAACGCAACUUUCAACGCUUAUCUCAUGAGAGAAGCUCCCAAAAUUGAACCGGAAACUAUUCCUUAUUCAAUGACGAGGCACCUUGUUCUCGAGGAUGACAUGAAAGAAUAUUGGGGCUUUUACCUCCUCCGGGGUAGCAGCGUCACUGUUUCUACAUGCGUCAGAUGGCCAGGCGCAUCGUUGACCAUUAUACGGGGACACAAGCAUCUGCACGAGUGCGCUUUCAUCGGGGAUGACAGCAGCGAAGAGCUCGAGGAACUCGUCCAAGUUGCGCGGGAACGCGUGGCUGAUGGCACGAGCAACGACACGGCGACGCUCCUCGAGCUGCUGCGACUCGCCAAAGGGGAUAGUGCACCGAGCAACGUUCCCGAAAGAAUGAAAAAAGCCCACGAAAACGUGCGUUUCCAUCAGAACAACAGCGAAAGCCGGUCGUCGGGAUCCCCGAGAUUAGCGAACGGGAAUACGGAAGCGAGCGGUGAACUCGAGGCGGCAGCAAUGCGAGAAAUCCUAUCGAGUUUGUUCAACAAAACGUCGGGCAUGAAGAAAAAACAAAAAGAUAAUCCUCAUCAUCGCUACGAGGGUGUGUUCCGGGAGAUUUCGAACAUCGACAAGCCCCCAGCGGCCUCCAGCGACUCGGUGCAUCCGACAGUGCCCCGGAUCAGGCCUGCGACGACGACGGCUCGACCGGAAACCUCGGCCGAGGUUUUCAACGACGUUCUCCAGAAAUUAUAUUCUUUGGGCAAACGCGGCGAAGAAGUUUUGCACAAAUUGGUCGACGAGGUUGACCGCAGAAACUCGGACGCUCGACGCUUGAGAGAAAUGCUCGGUAACGUCAUGAACAACGCGAGUCUCUCGGAACGCGAAAAAAAGCGACUGAAAAGGGAGCUCGUACUCGGGUCGCCGGUCCACAGCGACCUCGCCGAGGACACAGACUCGGCCGAAGAUGCUGCGCUCGAAAAGGAGGAUUUGUUUCCGGACGGAAUAGCCGAUGACCGAGGCACUGUGAACGAGACGACGUUGAACGACCGGAGCAACUCCGAAUUCUGGAGCUCCUUCAGCAGCUCGGAAGAACGGCUGCUCGAGUGCAAAGGACUCGUUCUCAAUCUCCCUUUAAAUCCGCACGUGCGUUGCACACCCAAGCACGAGGAUGAGCACUCGAAGGCCUCGAUGGCGAAUACGGUGACUUACAGAGUGCCAACCGACGGUUAUUAUUUCUUCGUGUUCAACUCCGAGAACGAGAUACAGCCGAAUUACGUGAGGAUUAAAUUCGACCUUGUGAAAACGAUGUACGACACCUCGAAUCCGGUGGAUGCUUGUCAAAAUACGACGGAGGAGUGUUCCUUGCCGUUGAAUUUCUUCAGCGGAGAAAAGACGGUGCUGGAAUUACCGGUUAACGGGAAGGAGUCCCAGUGGAACGAGGAAUACGUCGUGGUGUCCACUUGCGAGCCCCGAACUUCGCUUUAUCUGAUUUGCAUUAUAACGGUUCCGGUGCUAAUUCUUCUCUUCGCUUUUCACUGACGAUUCCAACUUUUUAUCUCCUCCCUGCUUUUAUUAGUUUAUCAUUAUUUUUCUUACACGAAAUAUUUAAUUACUGCGAGAUUAUUGAACGGGGAUUUUGCAGGAGUCGAAAUUAUAUCGUGCCCAAGGAGUCGAGACAAAAGCCCCGUUUAAUAAUAAGAUAAGAAACACCGCGCGAAAAUUAAUCUCCUUCGAGUUGACGCUCGAUUUGUACUUUUAAUCCUUAAAUAUUAUUCAAUUCACGUUGGUGGAAAAGAUAUCGGCUCGGUGGUGCGGAGGUUCGCACCUCGACAACUUGACCCUGCAUACACUCCGAGGGGGCUGGACCCUCUCGAGGGAUUCUGGGCGGAGCUUCUCUUAUCAUCCCGGAACACUCGUCCUUUCCUCUCUCUUCCCCCGCCCCUCUCUCUCUCUCUCGCUCUCACUCUUCCGAUCGAAUCCCCCGUCGUUGUUCGCUCCUGAAACUUCUCCACACAUCUAUACUUUUUGUACAUAAUAUUUCCCGAUUAAAAUAGUAUAGAGAUUUGUAUAUACGAUUGUAAAUAAUUUUUCCACAAUUUGUAUAAAUUUGCUAAUAAAUCGUUACUUCGAAUUUCGGACACGAAGCUCAUCGAAGUUACACGUGGAACGAAGAGACGAAAAAAAAGUG